AUGUUUCCCAUGUCGAAAUGUUCAAGCGACAUGGAGACCGGGAAGAUGCCUGAUGAAAUUGCAUCUGCUGUGGCCGCGGUGUCUGAUGAAAUAGGUGAUAUCUUGAAAGAUGAAUUGGGAGAUGCAGACCGCGCGGACCGCAUCGGCGCUGAGCUGGCUGGGUUACGUGCUGAAUUAGGCCUACUUGCUGGCUUAGCUGACGAUCCACCGCAAGAGUUUGCAACACUGUUCGAGAUGACUAUUGGCCAUAGGGGCUCCGCCAGUGGUUCUUCCUCUUCAUCAUCAUGGUCCGGCGCGCGCGGAGCGAAGGCCAGGCGCACUUCGAGGCCACAAAGGACGCAGCGGCGACGCCCUAUUGCAAAGGGAAAGGAGAUGUGUCGCCGGCGCAGUAUAGCGGCGCGGCGUGCUGCGUCCAUGCGCGUGCGUCGAAUCGAAGUCGUGUCUGAUGCGUCCGAUGUUGGGGCCGACUCAGAUUCAGAUGACCAAUGGACUGAGCUCGAUGACUCAUCUGCCUCAUCUGACAAGGACGGCGCUGGUGUCGACGACAUUUGCCCGGGAUACCAGGACAAGGGUUCUCAGGUAGAACCGCCAGCGAUGGGUCAGUUCCUGCUACCGCUGCUGAGCGCGGAGCCACCUUCCGAACCUGACCACUUUCUCAUAAGGCAUGAGGAUAUCCUGCAGUUGCUUGCGUCGGCAGAAGAGAGUGUCCGUGAUGAUCUUCCUCUAGAAGAUGAUGUACUGGACUCGCAACCAGAUUUGUUAACAGAAAACAUGUUUGAUUGCGAAGAGCCGGUGGUCACACCUGAGGAUGAAGCGGCGCUCCUGCAUUUCGUUUGUGAAACGGAACAGGCUGAUGCCAACGCGCAGUCCAGGGUUUUCAAGCCGGUGGAGGAAUGGUUGCUGGGCGUUUACCACUCCUGGUGCGAGAUCAGCGCGCUCAUGUAUACCCUAAUAGGCACUAACAUGAGCGUCGAAAUGGUCAAGUCGUCGUGGUCGUACCGCGCCCGCUUCGGCUGCCACUGUCGGCUGUGUCUGAGCGCGGCUAACAACGUCGCGGCCCUACGACACUCGCUGAUCGACAUCGUCAGAGAGUUGGCGCAUGUAAGCAGCACUAGCGGCGUGGCAGGGGCGCUCGUGAAGAUGCUCUGUCUGAAUUGCUCCGAACUCACUCCUGCGCAUUGGCAUCUGCAGCGGAUCAAAGUGCCCGAUGAAGGUGCGGAAAUAAUCCAUCAACACUUAACGCGGCUCGCGCAGCAGAACGAGACGGCUGAACAGUUUGUGAACAGAGUCUGUCUUUGUCGCUCUUACUAUCGACCUUUCGAGAAACAAUAUGCGGUUGAAAGGUUCUUCAAAAUAUUAGAAAACUUCAAGGCGGCCUCUACUAUAACUUUCAAGGUGGAAUUAAUCCCGCCUGAAGGCUCCGCCCCCGAGCAGUGGUCUUGGAUGACGGCAGCACGGCGGAGGCUUGCACGGUGUCUUGCCGCCCAUCACAGGAACAACACGGCUCACCGAUUGGCUGAUAUGGCUGCUAGGACUGCACCCACCGACCUGAGCGCAUGGGCGGAGUACAAACAUCGGUGCGACUGUCUCUCGCCGAGGAUAGUUUGCGCGCAACAGAGGAAACAGCUGCUUAGGAUUUCAUUCUUCGGCAUGAUGCACGCCGUUAACAAGUAUAACGGCAAAGAUGAUCCCGAUGAAAAGCCUCUAAAUGAUUUGAAGCUCGAAACGGCGGGUAGGGAAUUGCAGCAGGGAGUAGGAACUGGAGCCAAACCUCCCGAUAGCAUGGAACAGCAGUUGGAAAUGGUGAAAGCCAAUAUGGACAUGGAUCUAAGCGACUCAAAUAGUAAUGACCUAGAUGACUUAACGGAAUCCGACAACUCCCUAACCUCCGUCCGUUCAGAGCGUUCAAUAUCCAGUCUAUCGGGCUCCAGCCUGGACUCUGCUUCCGAGCUGCUAGUCCUAGCAGCGUGCGCGGUGGAGGGCGGAGGCGCCGGGGGCGAAGGCGCCGGCGAGCUGUGCCGGACAGUGCGACACUUGAUGCGGUCUAUUGCGUCUAUUGAAAGGCUGAUGGACCGAGUGCUGAAGCAUUGUGACGAUUGGCCAGGCACGGGGAAGGACGCGCCUGACGCUAGGAAACGCGUAGACAUAGGCUUGUCUGAGGUGGAUCGUAAAUUGAUGGCGAUGUACCGACGGCUGCCUGAAGUGCAUAGGCGGCAGCUUCAGGUCUAUAGGCGACAGAAGAAAUUGUCAACGGUGUGCACGGCGCUGGUGGGCACAAUCGCCCCGCCCCCUCCGACGCCCGGGUCUCCGCCCACCGAACCCCCACGACUGCCGCCUACUAGCCUAUGUCCGGAAUAUCAUUUGCAAAGGUUUAAGGAGGUUCGUCGUAAAGUGAUGCAUAUGCGCGAUCAGCAAUUGUACUAUCACCGCUUGCGCAUGUGGUUAGAAGAUCAGUUGCGUCAGGAAAGAGAAAGCCUCCCCGACAGCACAGUAACACUUAUAGACGAUCUGCCAAAACGCAAACUUCGCGCCAUUAGCUCAAAACUGCCACGCCUUGUCGCGCCCAAGCGAAAGCUAAAAUCCGUCCCGCCCAUCAGCAAAUCACAAAAAAUACUCCAACUUCUCAAAAGUAAAUCUCACGUGGAUCGAUCUCCUUAUAAGGAAAUAGAUGAUAAUCUCAAAACAGAAGUAGAACCGCCCGACGCGUUCCCAUUAGAGAAGGACGUAAGUGACACCGAUACCAUAGUUGGUGAAAAGGACGCGGAAUUAUGCAAGGAAAUGAAGGAUUGUCUAGCUAAAUUCGCAAAUUUCGCCCUUCACACUCUAGAUAAUAACCUCCAGGAAAAAUACCCCGACUCUGUCAGUCCCCCGCUACAGGAGAUGUCACCUACUACGUCAGAUUCAAUGCCGGUAUACCAGAAGAACAGAAUACUCCCUGUUAGUCAGUUUCUUAAAGAAGACAAGGAUAUAGACAAAGAUUCGAAUGUGUUUAAAUAUGUGACGUUCGGGCUAGAAAUAAAAAAGGCAAUGGAGGAGUGCCAGAAUAUUAUCAAUACUUACAACAGUGCAGAGAGUGAGAAAGACAAAGAAGAAGAUCCGUUAUCGCUAGAGCAGAUUGUAGAAGUUAUGAUGAAUCUAGAGAAGAGCUCGCCAGAGUUGCUGGAAAAGAUUGAAGCAGAUGAUCUACAUCUAUAUGUUACGAACGGUAACAAGUUGACUGAAAUUGUAGAGAAUAUGCCGCAAAUACUAGCCAAUAUGCCGGAAAUCGCUUCCAAGCUGUCUGAAUUCGCCAACGCCAAUUUCGAGCUACCCGAAUUCGCCUCAAUCAUGAAUAGCCUCCCGGAAGUGAAUACAGACGCGCAACUGACACCGGAGACGCUUAAACAAAUUAGGGAAUUAAAAUUAAGCAAACGCGACGCGGUUAAAGUGACUAAAAACACUGCCAAACGUAAAAAUAAGCCUAGAGUGUGGAGCGAUGAAGAUGAUUUUGAGGGAAAUAGCGGUAAGGAGGAAGAUGUGUCCAAAGUUAUAGAUUAUGUAAAAAAGAUUCCCGUUCUAGCUAUGUGUGUAGAAGAUAAAGAUAUAACGCCUAGAGUGUGGAGCGAAGAAGACGAUUUUGUAGGAGAUAGCGAUAGCGGCAAAGAGGAAGCUGUGUCCAAAGUUAUAGACUAUGUGAACAAGAGUCCCGUUCUAGCUAAGUGUUUAGAAGAUAAAGAUAUAACGAUAUCGAAAAAUGUAAAUUCCGAAUCGUUUCUUAAAGCCGCGACAUUAUUCGAAAAGGCCGUUAAAGACGCGUUAUCUAUGGAGGAGUUGAAAGGUGUGAUGCGUUCCAAGUUUACCUUCUGGAAGGAGUUUGUUGCGACGAAAGUUAAGACGAUACCGGUUGAAUUCCUGCAGAACGAAGUCGAGGGAAUGCUGGAAAAGUUCUAUUCGCACAUACAGGAUAUGACGUGUAAGCAGCACGGCCCGGAAAUAGAUAAGCUCAUAGAGAAGGCAGAGGAAGCCAGGGAGACGGUAGAGAGAGAUUCUGAUGAGGAAGGCUGCAUGCAAUCGAAAGAGUCUCUAAAACAGAUUACGAAAUUGCUCAGUACGUCCGCUGGCAACACCUUCGAUCUACUCAUCAUGAAGCUGCCCAAAAUGUCGCAAGAUAAGAAGACAUCUAUCAAGAGUCUGAAAUUUAAAUACUAUGACGUCAUAAAGCGAUGUUCCGACUCGCAACAGCUGGCCGCAUGGAUACUUCUCAAUCCAGAAACAGCAACAAACGUGAUACAGGAACUAACAGGUAUGCCGGUCACAAAAGUUGACAACGUCCCGGACUUUACGACGAUACCGAACGAGAUAAAGAUAGAUUAUUUUAUGAAUCGAUUGCGCGAGAUGAAUCGGAAUUAUAUGAGAAGCAUCCCCAAAAACUCGUUAUGUGGGGACCAAUGGCUAGUGAUGUUAUACAAAUUGGAAGAAGUAGAAAAGUGCAUUAAGGACUCCUUCUUAAAACUGAAACAGGAAACAACAAAACCGACCCCGAAACAAAACCAGAACCAACCCAGCGAGGCGGAGAUCCUGGCAGCGAAAGGCCUCAGUAAGAUAAUCGGUAAAGCAAAUGUAAAACCGGUAAAAAAGGUCACUCCAACACCGGUUAAAGUCGAAAAACCGGAAACGAAAGAAAAAGAGGAUAAGAAAUCGAAAAACGAAGCGUUACUCGCAAAGUGCGAAGCGAUACUUACGUCUAAAGGAGAGAAAUCGCUUCUAGACAGCUUCUAUACAAUCAAAUCGUAUAUCACACAAGGUCUACCUGUACCUGAGACAUAUAAGAAGCAUGUUAUAUCGAUAUGUUCGAGCAUAGAUGCAAGAUUACUAGACGAGGACAUAGAAGACACCCUCAAAGUGGAAGAGGACAAGAACCUCUCAGUCAUAGGGUCGCAGAAUCCAGAGUUACUGGCUAAAUAUUCCGCACAGGCACUGCGUAAUGCUAAGCAGACUUUAAACGCGGUGGCAUUUAGGAAUAUCAAAAAUGGUGAGGAGUGUGACACGCCGAAGAGCAAUUGCAAAUACACGAAUGACUGCACCUGCGAAUCGUGUAAGAGUGAGAGGGAGAAGAGGGAGAGGAAGCCGAUGCUGAAGGCGAAGCCGGUGCAGAAGCCCUGCGAGAACGGGGUGCACCAGCCCCACUUUUGUAAAGUCGGCCAUGGCGCUCCACCAGCGCCCAACCAACCUGGUGGCUGCUCUAGUGAGAAUCCCGACCAACCCUGCUCAUGCUGUUAUUGUACCGUCUUUGGACAUGCGCCGCCACUAACGACCCCCGUACCUAGGAAUUUUAAUGAGACACGAGAGAGGUUAAGAUCGAUUCUCAAUAAGAAGAAACAGAAGUGCAAAUCAAAUGGUGACUCUCAAUCGCCAACAGCAGAAACCGAUCGCCCAAAAAUACAGCCCGUCCACAGGCCACCGGCUCUACCAAAAACGUUACCACCUAAUCUUACCCCCCAAGCACAACAAAAAAAACAAAUAAUCGACAAACAGCAGAAACAAUUGGCCGAUCAGAUGGCCAAAAUGGUUGUUACUGAUAAGCCAGAAUCCAAGCCCAAGCCUGUACAAAAUCCGGUAGCACAAAAUCAACAGGUCGCCGUCAAUACCGAAGGCAAAGUUAACGCCAACGCGAUGGAACAGAUACGGUGGCAGCAAAUGAAGCAACAACAACAAGCUCAACAGCUUCAGCAACAAGCAAUGCUGCAACAACAAGCACAGAUGCAACAGCAACAGCGACAGCAGCGGCAACAAUUGCAACAGAUGCUACAACAACAACCGCAACAACAAAAGAAACCUGAGCCGAUAUACGACCUACCGAUACACAACAAACCGACCCUCACGCCGCAACAACAGCAACAAAUUAGACAACAACAAAUACAACAGCAACAGCAACAAAUACUCCAACAGCAGCAAGCGCAACAGCAACAGGCCCAGCAACAAUUACAACAACAACAGAUGCAGCAACAACAGCAACAGGCACAAAUGUUGCAACAGCAACACUUACAACAAAUGCAACAGAGACAGAGCAGGCCGCAACAACAGCUAUCUAUCAAUAGCAGGGAUACAAGUGUUUUCUCUACAUCCUCACAGUGUUCUAGUGGAUCAUGUUGGCGCGGUCGCGGCGCAUGUUCCAAUCGGGUCGAGGAUCCCCGUGAUCUAGACGCCUUGCUGCAGUACAUCGAAGGUCCGGCGCGGCAUGUCGACAGAGGCAAGAAAAGGGCGAAGAAGCAACGACAGAAAGCUAAAAAGAUGGAGAGCCGGCUGGUCCGUGAUGUCAUGUCUCUCCGUGAGGAGCUCAAACGAUUGCGUGAACUGAGUUACGAAGAGAGGGGUGCGCACGUGAUGAGUGCGAUCCUCGUGCGGAGAGCGAAGGCUUCGCUGCAACAGAUGCAGAAGGCCAAGAAUAAGUGUAAAAAACUUAAGAUGACGCUUGCGCAGCAGACAAAGUUAAAAGAGGCGUCUGAGGAUCUGGAAAGAAUGACCUUUAUAUUUAACAAUACUGCUAAGGAGUUGGAGUCGGUGAUGAAGCAGUACUUCGACACUGGAUCUCGCUUGGAGCAGGCAGAACGGCAGCUGGCUGAGGCGAGGGCUAUGCAGGGCAUCAAAGAUCACGAGCAAAAUCACAUACUAAUAAAAGUGAAAAUGGAGGAGGACAAAAAGUUUUUCAAGGAAUUUAUGGAGAAACAACUACAGUGUGUGGGUCUAUCCGAUGCGCAGUCGACGGAUUCUGGUAAUAAUGGUGGAAUGGUGCGCGUGACCCGGAUGGGGAACGGAGCUACGAUACAGGCGGAACUCAAUCAAUCGAGCAUAAUGGAUAUGUUGGAGGAAGCGCACCAAGCAAAGAAGCAGGCAGACAAGAAACAAAGUUGGGAGCAAGCGAUCGCACACAUUAACCAAUUAGCUAAAGGAAAGAAGAAACAAAAAGAAGCGCAGGCGCAAGCGAAGUUGGAAGAGAAGAAGCAGAAAGAUGAACAAAAGCAAGAAGCGAGAGAAGAACCGCCACCCUUAUCGAAGAAGCAGAGAAAGUUGUUGGCUAAACAGCAAGCGGAAGAAGAAGAGAGAAAACGACAGCAAGAGCUGCAAAAACAGCAAGAAGCAAAAACGAAAAAUGAGAGGCGAGAGCAAAAGCAGGAAGCAAAGCAGGAUAUCAAGAAGGAGAAGAAAACGGAUAAGAAAGAAGAGAAGGUUAAAAAGAAGGAGGAGAAAAAGGAAACUAAGAAACCUGAGAAGGAGAAGAAGGAAGUCAAAGCGGACAAGAGUGCGCCAACAGCAAAAUCGAAAACGCAACAACAACAGACACAACAACAAACGCAACAGCCCAACAACAGCAAGAAGGAGAAGAAGAAGGAACAGAACCAGAAACAAGUUAUCAACAUUACACCAGAUACUACAAUAGAAGUUGUCAAUAACAAUAAGAAGGUUGGAAACUCCAAUGAGUCUGAGAAACCUGCGUCUUGCAGCAUCAUGGAACAGCUUAGUUGCGGAGUUCAGGUCGCUGAUCUACGCCUACCUCCUGGCAUCACGCUGACCCGAGUACAUCCGAACGAAAAGAGGGAAACUCCACCGAUCAAAUCUGUCCCGCUAUGGAAAUGCAAUCAACUUCCGGCCACACCCACUCCUGUCGCCCGCCCACCUCCCGUCAUCAACGCUGAACCGUCCUUGAUGAUGUUCUCGACAGCGCAGCCAGAUCCACCUAAAACAAUAAUCGUCCCCGAACCACCCCCACCACCUGCUCCAGCCAAAUCAAAAAAAGCCAAGAAGAAGGCGAAGAAAUCGACCGAAAACGCCGAAGUAAAACCGGAUCCCCCCAAAAUGGUUACUCUUCGGAACCCGAUGUUCCACCCCAAUUUGCCCCCGGUGCAAAUAUCCAAUGCGGCCCCCAAGAAACCAGACAUCCGGAUUCCGGACCCCAUACCGAUGCCUCCAGCGCCUUGCCAAGCGACGAUCACUCCCACAUCGAACGGGAUGUACACGAUUCGAAACCCGCUCAUGUCAAUGAUGCACCAGCAGACGCUUAUGGGCAUAAAACAGCAGCCGCAAAAUUAUCAGCCGCAGUACUACAAUGCGCCGUACCAGCCGACAUAUGUGGUGGAACAGAAAGAGGAAUUCCCCAACCGUCUCCUAAAUCUUGCCUCCUUCACUCAAAAGAACGACGAAGGCUACUCGCUCUUCAAGACGAACGAAGAUAACCAGCAGAGGAGCUUCCUGGCGCCAGAUUUCUACGAGCCUAAAGUGUCGCCCAACCCCAUUGGAACGAGGCCCAAUGACUCGCUCUUUGCUAACCCCAUUCCGGAACCGAUUGGGACACCUUUGAAGCGCGAAGAAGAGAAGCAAGAGUACAGCAUCUACACUCCUUUCGGGCAGGAAGACAGAAACGUGUUCCGAAACGCGCUAUUCAACGACAAGAAGGAGGAGGCGAUGCCCAAUGGCGAUCAACUUCCCUACUUCCAGAGGCUGAGGGCAGGCUCCCAGCUCAACAACGAAGUUAGCAUCCACUAUGUGUCGGACUCCAAGUUCUAUAAGGGGCAGGAGCGUUACGCCGAAAUGCCGCCGCCGCAAAUAGACGGUCGCCAAUCUGUCUUCUCCCAUGGCUGGCCGGAUCCACUACAUCAGCACACUAGUAUGCAAUCAUCAACCAGUUCAGUGACGUGUGAGUCCGCCUGCGACUCGGGGGGUGCCUCCCCACCUGAUCACCACAUGCCGCCGCCACAUCCUCCCGAGAGCAGCGUGUUCCUCCCAGAUCGCAACAUCACCAAUCUAUCCACGUUGGAAGUGACCGAUCGCGAGAUCGAAUCCUUCAAACGGUUCGACUAUUUCUUUGAACCGCCACAACACAAGCCGAAGGUUCAACUCGACGUAAGGGACAUCGCCGCUGCGCUACGACAGAACCAAAAGUAG